AUGCACUCGGCUACACCACGCUCCGCAGGAACCGCAGCCGCGGCUUUGAUCUCCGCAGCAGCCCCUUCCCUCGGCAUAGGAACCAGAUGGCUGGCCGCAGCAAUCCGUACUCCAUCUGCCGGUGACCCGCGCCGCGCGGCCUGCCAGCUCCUGUACGGCGACAAGCUGUACGGCGUCAACACUGCCUUAUCCGUCACAGCCGUCGGCGCUUUCGGUAGUGGCAGCAUCUUGAGGGCGUUUGGCGCCGCUGCCGCCGCCAGCUCGCCUGGCAGGGCCGCUGCAAUUACUGCUGCUGCACCCGCCGCCAGCUCCGCGUCCACGGCCACGAACACAGCCGUGGCGACGGCCACGUCGCCACCGUCGCCGGUGCUGUCCUUUUCGGACCAUAAGGCCGUGUUUGAGGGGCAGAGCACCUGGCAGCUGUUGCGCGCGUACGGCGUGCUACAGGCGUGCGGGUUUCAGACCCUAGUGAAUCAGGCCGAGUCGCUGCUGGCGGUGUCCAGGAAGGUUGUGGGGGGAAGGGCGACAGACGCGCUGAUCAAGUCCACCUUCUUUGCGCACUUCUGUGCAGGCGAGGAUGUGUCCGAAGUGCAGCGAACCGUGGACCGACUGCGAGCGGUUGGAACGCAUGUCGCUCGUAAUUCCUCCAUCCCCAUCAUCAUCGUUAUCCUGCCGUCUUUUGUCAUGUCGCUUUUUUCCUGCCACCUGCCCACCACCACGUUUUUUUCCUCUUCCUUUGAAUUGUAUGAUUGCGCGGCUCUUGCAUGGCAUGUGGAGCACUUUCUGGCGGCCAUUGAGAUGGCGGCAAGGCAACCUGGGCGACCCGCAUUCGCCGCAAUCAAGAUGACGGCUCUUGGCAAUCCAGACCUGUUACAGCGAGCCAGUUCCGCCAUCGCAAUGCUGCACGGGCUGUUCGCGCAGUUUGAUGAGGACGGCAGCGGCUUCAUCGAGCGAGGCGAGUUCCAGAGGCAGUGGAGGCGACUGGUGGGCGGAGGAGGUGGCGGAGGCGGUGUGGCGGCUGCCGGUGCUGAUGGGCCCGCCAGGGCGGAUGGCAGUGGUGGCAGUAGCGGCAGUGGUGGCAGUAGCGGCAGUAGUAUUAGCCAGGCGGAGGAGGAUACCUUUCGGUGGCUGGACUUGCACGGGACUGGCAAGGUGGAUUACGUAAGCUGGUGUCAACGUCUGGACCUGCGUCACAUGCCCAUGCUAGCAGCCAGGAUCCAUGAAGGGGGAGGUGGGGGCGAGGGAGCUGGCAGUCGAGCAGUGGCCGAGGCGUGUCUGAGCGGUGAGGAGGUACGGCUAAUGGAGGCGCUUCUAGCCAGGCUUCAGAGGCUGGUGGCUGCAGCACUUCGUCUGGAUGUUCGUCUUAUGAUUGAUGCGGAGCACACGUACUUCCAGCCGGCCAUUGAGCACAUGACGCUUCGCCUGAUGCGGGAACACAACCGCAACGGAGUCGCUCGAGUGCUCAACACCUACCAGACCUACCUUGUGGAAAGCCGGGACCGACUGCUUCGUGACUUGGAACGGUCGCGCAGGGAGGGCUGGGUGCUGGGAGCCAAGCUGGUCCGCGGCGCCUACCUGCAUCUGGAGCGGCGGCGAGCUGAGCAGCUGGGGCUGCCCUCCCCCGUGUGGGCCACCCUGGAGCUGACACAUGCCAACUUUGACCGCUGUACGGCGGAUCUGCUGGAGGGGGUGCGGGCGGGGCGGGCUGAGGUUCUUCUAGGUACCCACAACCAGCCGAGUGUGGAGGCGGCAGUGGCGCGCAUGUUGACGCUGGGUCUGCCGGCCGCCAGCCCGCCGGGGACCCCCGGUGUCAUGUUCGGACAGCUCCUAGGCAUGUCAGACCACCUCACACUCACACUCGGCAAGGCGGGGUACAGGGCCUACAAGUACGUGCCGUACGGUCGUGUGGGGCAGGUGAUGCCGUACCUGCUGCGCCGUGCAGCCGAGAACCAGGACAUUACGAAGGGCUCCAAGCAGGACUUAGUCAUGCUGCGAAGGGAGCUUUGGCGGCGGGCGACGGCGGCGGUUCUGCAGCCGCUGGCGGUUGCUGGCGGUGGCGGCCGUUCUGUUGCAUGACCGCAUGAUUUGAUGAGCUAUCAGGUAGCCGCCUCGAUGGCGAUGUGCAUCAUCACGGCGUGUUGGGACGAAAUAUUCUAAUUGGUGCUGCUACUGCCGCAACUGCUGGCUGCUGCUACUGCUAUUUUGCGGCUGCUGCUGC